CAAAUCUUUUGUUUGAAAACUUACCCGGAAUUUUGCUUCCGCCUAGUGCGCCUACCCUGGUUCAUAUUGUUCUUCGGGUAUGGAUGGUUGUUCGUGUGCGGAUGUGGCCGAACGAACGAAGUCUUUAUGCAGUGUAACUUUUUGUGAUCUGGGAAGUAGGAAAGGCCCGGAGUUUUUGCUACUAGUAACGUUUAUAAUACAAGUGUAAUAUCAGCGAUAGGUGUUAGGGAUACCAUGGCAGAGGAACCUGUAUCAUCUCUCAGUUUAUUUAGUGAUGACUUACUGUACAAUUUGGAAUUUUCGGACGAUGUAUGUACGUGCAAGCUGCCUGAUGGAAUGUCUCCCAAAACUCCAGGAGAAGGGCUCUGUAUGAGAGCUCUGCAGUUCACUGAUUUCUCCAAGGGCUAUUCACAAUUGCUGGCACAGCUUACCAGGGUGGGUGAUCUAACCCAGGACAAGUUUGAAGAACAGUUCCGCGGGAUCCAAGCCUCCCCCAACACCCAUUACAUUACUGUCAUUGAGGACACCACCAGAGGUGAAUUGGUCGCCUCAGCAUCGCUGAUCGUGGAACGGAAGUUUACUCAUUUAGCCGCUAUGCGUGGCCGCAUUGAGGAUGUGAUCGUGGCGGAUAGCUGUCGCGGGCGCCAGCUAGGAAAAUUGCUCCUUGAAACCCUAAGCCUGCUUGCCAUCAAGCUUGAGUGCUAUAAGAUCAGUCUGGAAUGCGUCGAGAACAACGUUCCUUUCUACGCAAAGUUUGGUUUCAAACAAGAGGAUUCACUCUUCAUGGUACGGAGAAUAUUCGACUAGAAACCGCUGGCUUUGAAGUCAACAGCAGUGUUAUAAUAUUAUAACUUGUCAUCAGUGCAUGAACAUCGAUGCCAAUACUAGUAGAUGACGUAUGGAAUAUUUAUUUUUUACUCCGAUUUCACCCGCCCGCCUUUAUUUGUCUUCAGUGACUCGCUUUCAGGAUACCCUGUUUAUACUGCCACCCAGCAUAGUCUGGCUCGCCUCUCCCCUACUGGCCCUAGCUUUCAAUAGAGCAGAGCAUCCGGGAACUGUUUGUUUUGCUAGUUUAAGUGGAGUCACACCAGUAUCUAGCCUGCAACACUUGCCGCACAACAUCAUUACAUUUACUCAGUUCUUAUAUUAGCUUUUUAUCUCACCUUUGUUGCCGCAUCGACUCAUCAGUUGUAGCCAUGAUCAUGGCCAUUCUGAAUGUAUCCACUGUUAUUUUGAUGAUUUUUACACAGCUAUUUUCUUUCCCGCAGGGCGUACUUUAUCAUUGAUCGUUGACAAUAGAAACUCUUUACUUGCAUUCUGCAAUCUACGAGAGUGCGAUUGUAUGUUAGGCACACAUUAUGCUCCUUUAUGAUCAGAUUGUUGUCUUGGUGUC